CCUCAUAUUAACUUUAUAUAGGAACCAAUACGUAUUUUUAUGAAAACGUAAAUAAAGUAUUAAAAUUUCCUAUUGUGUAGCAACUCUUUUCGAAUUAUUAAUUCUCCACAACUAAAAUUAUUGGUCCACUAACUUUUUUAGCCACCCAGUCGGAUCGAAUUCUUUUUUCCAACCCACAUUUUUGUUUUGAAAGACACCAUUUUCAAAAUGAACUUUCCAACAUUUUUUAAUCAAAAUAUACUUCAGUUGGAAUUGACAAUUCCAACUACAAGUUUGUAUCAUUUGUAUUAUUUUCUUUACUUUUUUGCAGCCUAACUCCAGUCGGAAAGCCAACAUCCGACUCUCGUUUUUUAGUACCCUAACUCCAACUCCCGUAUUUUGGCUUGUCAGACAAAAAAAGCCGGUGAUUUGGUCAUUUCCUCGCUUGUUCCAGCCCCUCCCCAGCAUCCCAACUCAAUCCCUGCAACAACCCUCUGUCCAUAACAAUACCCCCUGCAACAGCCUACCACCGUCUCCAUGAAGCCAUAGGCGGCUUGUGGUCGCUCAAUGAAACUCAGAUCUGACCAACCAACCAACCUACCCCAACCAAUAGCCGUCUUCCACAACCCCCAAUUGUAGCCCCCAGCCAUCAGCCCAGCACCACCAGCCAAAAUCCUAGCCGUCAGCCCAUCUCCGUCACCGUAGCCUCCAUCUUCGUCAAAGUCGCUGCUCUUCGUCACCGUCAAACUCCAAUCGAUCUUGUCACUCGCCACACCGUCGCUCGUCGUCGCUCAUCACAUAUUAUCUCUGUCGCUCGUCGCCUUCACCCAUCGCUCAUGGCAUAUAUAGAUCCGAAGGAUUACAACCCCCAUUCCCCAGAGAAACGAGACGAUGCGGAGAGGCGGCUGUGCGACGAGGUGGCUAGGUGGUGUCUUGUGCGGCGAGGUAGGUUGAGGUAGGUCUCAUUCCAUCAGGUUGCAGACGAGAAGAAGAGAGAAGAAGUCAAGAAGAAAUGUGACGGAGACAGUGAGGAGAGGUGCAGCGGGGCAAUUUAUACCGUACACCCGGGUGUACGUACACCCGGUAUAUUUGUAAUUAUUUGCUGAUUCUUCCGGCCGUGUGUUCUUCCCUGCUUGCCUGGGGCGUUUCAGUUGCACGAUUUGGAAAAUCUGAUAAAAACGGUGCUGCAAACCCCCUUUCUGGAGACGAUGAGCCUGUUGCCUAAGGAAGCCCCCCCCCCCCCCCCCCCCCCCCCGUUUAUGAAGGAGGUUCUCAUAUUGAUGUGAACCCCAUUUCUGUACAGAAUGAGCCUGUUGCCGAGGGAAGCCCCCCUUUCAUGAUGCAGCUUCUCAUACUUCUGUGAACCCCAUUUCUGUAGAGGAUGAGGCUUUUGGCAAAGAAUGCCCCCCACUUGAUCAAGCAGCUUCUCAUACUUCUGUGAACCCCAUAUCUGGAGUGGAUGAGGUAUCCAUGUAUAUGUUACUAUUAGAUUAUAAUUCAAUAAAUCUCCUGAAAACAUUAUAUUCAUGAGUAAAAUUUGGAGUUAAUUAGCUUACUAUGGAAUUAUAUAAUCACUUUACAAGCAAAAGUGAGAUAGACAUACAAAAUUAAAUUAGCCUUUUAUGGAAUUAAUCACAUAUUUUAAAAGUAGUCACGCGUUAAAAUCAAUUACGAUGGUUGGGUCACGACGGUGGAACAAGCUAGGUUUCACCAAUUAUGCAAGAGUUUUGAAAAACUAGCCAAUACCAUUGUUGAUGAUGAGGAGAAGUAUAACAUUAUGAUGCAAUGGGUAGAGGACCAAAUAAGUGCAAAUACAAGCUCCAUCUCUAAAUCUUCUAUUUGUGGUAAGAUGAAUGAACUACCUGACACCAUCCCACGUGUAAAGGCUGCCCUCACGCAAACAAUUCUUGACCCGAAAAGUUCCAAGAGAAAGGGUGCACCCCGCAAAAACCGCCUUAAGGGACCACUUGAAAAGGGAAAGAAAACCAAAACUGUACGGGCUACCAAACAAAAGGGUCAAGCUUCAUCGGUUGUUGAGGUUGGACAUGAGGUGGGAAGUUCAAGUGUUCAAUAUUUAGAUUUAGAUUUGAAUAUGUCAUUGGGUGUGUUGUAAUUGCACGAGUAUUGUGCAUGUUUUUUGUGAAAGGGAUAUUGUGAAUAUGACAUUGGUUGUGUUGUUUAGGCGGCUAUGUUUUGCCACAAAAAAGCGUAUUCCACGAAUCAUAUCGUUCUUCAUUUAUGUUACAUAUUAUCUCAUAUUAUCUCAUGGCUAAA